AUGCCUCAGAAGGUUUAUGUCACGUACAACCAGGUUCACAAACUAUGCCAGGCCUCCGCUGACAAGAUCCUGGACACCUUCCAGCCCAAUCUUAUGAUUGCUAUCGGCGGUGGUGGCUACAUCCCUGCCCGCAUUCUCCGUUCUUUCUUGAAGCGCACUGGCGAACCUAAUAUUCCCAUCCAGGCCAUCGGUCUGUCGCUCUACGAGGACCUGGGUCGUGGUGACGCCGAGGAAGUUCCCGGAACCAAGGUCACCCGUACACAAUGGCUGGACCUGAGCUCCUUGGAAAUGGCCAACCUCAUUGGCAAGAACAUCCUCAUUGUUGACGAAGUUGACGAUACCCGUACCACCCUCGAAUAUGCCGUCAGCGAGCUCCAGAAGGACGUUGAGAUUGCGCAGAAGCAGCUCGGCCGUGAAGGCGAGAAGACCAACUUUUUCGUCUACGUUGUUCACAACAAGGACAAGCCGAAGAAGGGUGUCUUGCCCGAGGAUAUGAUGACUUCUGGCCGUUACCACGCAUCCGUCACCACCGCUGAUGUUUGGAUCUGCUAUCCUUGGGAAGCUAAGGACAUCGACGAGCACGACAGACUUGCUCAGGAGAACCCUCUCGUCUGA